AUGGACUUUUGUGUAAUUACCCUUGAAAAUAAUAUGUUACCAUGCAAUUGUGAGAUGGAGCCAUUUAGAAAAUGGUUAAUACAUCUUUCAGGGGAUGUAACAGAGAUUGUGGUGAAUCAUGACAAGUUAUGUGCAGCGCCAGAGUGGAGAGAACAUGAUGAACUACUGAAAGCAAAGAUACCAUGGAUGGAAUGUAAUAGUGAUCUAUUCACAAGAAUCUGUGUAGUAAGUGGAACUGCCUUAGUCUUAGUUAUUGCACUUACAAUAGCUUUGUUAAAGUAUUUUUGGAAGGAUAUCAAAUACAGACAAAUGGUUCGAAAAGCUAGAAAGCACAAUGGAUACAUUCCUAUAGACGGUAUUGAAGAUGAAAUAUAUGACGCAUUCAUCAGUUACCACCCAGAGAAGAGAAUCUGGGUACAAGAUGUCAUGACGGCUGAACUAGGAAAAGGAGACUUAGAAUUCACAUUGAUGUAUGACAUUAACAUUCUUCCCACUGGAAAUGAGUCGUAUUUUGGUGGUAUAUUCUCACACAUGGACCGUAGUCGACAUGUUAUCUUUCUGGUGACGCGAGGUUGGAUGAAAGAGGGCAUGAAUGAGUUUGAGAUGGAAGCUGCAAUAGAUUUGUUGAAACAAAGCAAAAGGCAUACGCUUAUCGUGAUAAUGAUGGAGAACAUACCACAGAAGGAGAUGUCAGAGACUUUGAAACUGAUGGUGAGAAACAACUUCUGUCUGAAGUGGAGUGAGAAUGAGAAAGAACAAAGAAAAUUCUGGAGAGAUCUAAAACUGGAGCUUGGUAAGAAAAAAUACCUGAACUAAUAUUCCGAUCCCAAUUUUUAACCUGGGCGAAUUAUUUUUACAAAUACUUUUACUCCAGUGAAACCGUUGUAAUAUUCACAAAUAAAUGAAAAUAUUGCAAUUUGUAAAUUGGUAUGAAUGAAUUUAGACACACG